ACUGAAAGGAGCGGGAGUCGCGGAUCCGCUUGGUAUGUAAGAUCUGUAGCCUGGUUCGCGGAUGCAUAAUAUUCUCCGAUGUCGGGUGGAGGCAUGACAACACUAUAACGCUUCAUAUAACAACAAAUUCCGUCAUUAGACGGAUUUCCUCUCAGGACAACAGGUUGGCCCGUGCAUGGCGUCUGGCCAGACAGGUAGCUGCUAGCCAUGGAUUUAAUCCAAAUCACCCUCUCAGUGAGAGGAUCAACGUCCCCCGGCGAGCAGAUCGGGGUCGUCGGCAGCUGCGAGUCCUUGGGCGACUGGUGUUCGCAGAGAUCCGUGCCUCUUCAACCACAGGAGGAUGACGGAACUUUGUGGAAACGGACCAUCUACGUGCCAAAGGGCGUUGAAUGUAAAUACCGCUAUUUCAAAGGAUUCUUUCUGGAAUCAAAGAAUGCAGGUGAUCCAUGUCACGUGAUAGUCAAUAAGUGGGAGACGCACCAGCACCCGAGAACAGUGAACUCAGAAUCAGACCUGGUUAUUGACGAUGGACAGUUUGGCAUUUACAACGAGGUGGAGUGUGUGGACUCUGGCUGGCUGACUUGGCAGACGGAGAUCCGUCUGAGGCUGCAUCAGUCUGAGAAGGCUCCGGUGUCCAUCACCAAGCGCAAAUUUAAGAAGUCCCGAUUCAGAUUGAAACUGCAUCUGGAGGGCUUUGAGGAAGAGGGGGAUGAGGAAGAGCAGAGUCCCACCUCCUGCAACAUGAUGGCGAGCACGCUGGAGAUGAGCAUGAUCAGCGACAGCGGCUACAAAUCACGGCACUCACAGCCGGAACACGGCUACGCCCUGGAGCCCUUGCUGUGGACUGAGUACAGCAUCCACACCAUGGACCCCGACAACCUGGAGCUCACCUUCGAGUUCUUCGAGGAGGACAUGGGGGAGCGGGUGCUUCAGAGUGAUGUUCUCCCCGGGCUGGUGGGCACGGCCUGCCUGCUGUCCUCCUCCUUCCUGGAGAGCGGCAGGAACACGGGCGUGGCCACGCUGCCCAUCAUGAGCCGCAACUUCCGCCAGACCAUCGGCAAAGUGCGAGUGGAUUACCUGGUGAUUCGGCCCAUUAACGGCCUGAUGUGUGACAUGCGCUCCUGCUUCACUAAAUACUGGAGGAAGAGGAGCGCGCUGGACGUGGGACACCGAGGAGCCGGCAGCUCCCUGCACGCUGCCAAACACACCAAAAUCAGGGAGAACACCAUCGUAUCCUUCAAGAGCGCUGCCAGUCAUGGGGCAGCGUAUGUGGAGUUUGAUGUCCACCUCUCCAAGGACUUUGUACCCAUCGUGUAUCAUGACCUUACCUGCUGUAUCUCAACCAAAAAGAAAAACGACAAACAUUCUCUGGAGCUGUUUGAGGUUCCUGUGAAAGAUCUUACAUUUGACCAGCUACAGCUUCUAAAGCUGGCCCACGUCACCGCCAUGAAGGUGAAUGACCAAGAUCCCCAGGAUGAAGAGGAGUACAUCGCGGAACACCAGCCCUUUCCCUCGCUCGACCAGAUUUUUCAGGCCGUUCCAGAAAACGUGGGAUUCAACAUUGAGCUGAAGUGGAUCACACGGCUGAAGGACGGGUCCUGGGAGGGGAAUUUGUCCACGUACUUCGACAUGAAUCUGUUCCUGGACAUCAUCCUGAAAUGUGUCCACCAGCACGCCGGCAAGCGAAGGAUCGUCUUCUCCUGCUUCGACCCCGAUGUGUGCUCCAUGGUGCGGCGGAAGCAGAACAGGUACCCCAUCCUGUUCCUGACUCAGGGGAUCUCCACCGUGUACCCUGAGCUCAUGGACAUCCGCUGCCAGACCACGCCCAUCGCCAUGAGCUUUGCACAGAGCGAGGACAUCCUAGGCAUCAGCGCGCACACGGAGGACCUGCUGAGGCACAUGGACUCCAUCAGCGAGGCGCACGCCAAGGGCCUGGUGGUGUUCUGCUGGGGCGACGACAACAACAACCACGAGACCCGCAGGACGCUGCGCGAGCACGACAUCGACGGGCUCAUCUACGACAGGAUCUGCGACGAGCAGGUGGAGCAGCCCAACAUCUUCAAAGUGGAGGAGCAGGUGUCCCUGCAGGAGAUGCUUCCGGAAGAGACGCUGAAGAGCUGCGCUUGCUCCAGCUUCAGCCUGUCCUGCUCCUCUCUCCCUUGCAAGGGGCGGGCGGGGGCAGGGGGGGCGGGGGCUGGCAGCGGGGAGUCUGACUCUGGGCUCAGCUCCUCCUGAACACCCCCACCUCCCCUACCCCCUCCCUCGCUCAGAAAGGAUGUUCCCUACGGAGAGAGAGAGGAACACUGUGCUGCAGAAUUUGAUUAGCUUUGCAUGACAUAACAAGUCUGAGCUCACCUGAUCUGGCCUGCCACACACCUUCAAACUGGGGAGGGGGUAGGGUGGGUUGGGGUAGGGUAGGGUGGGAGGGGGGAGGGGGGGCGGGGGUGGGGGGACAAAGUUGCCAUUUCCAUUUGGCUUUCGCUGCAUUUCCUUUUUGUAAUCAUGACCUGCAUUUAGCUGUGGCAGUGUGAUGGCUCUGCGAUCCCUGCUGCAGAGCUUAGGUCCGCUGCGCCACACCCACACGCCUAACGCACACCUUCCAGACCCUGGGCACAUCUGUACUUGAAUUACUUUUUAACUCUUUAGACAGUGGUAAAAAAAAAAACACUCCAAGCAUGCUUUUAGUGACAUUUUGGAAAAAACUUGUCAGAUAACAAUGUAAACUCAAGAGAAGAAUUUGGAAUGUUUUAAAAUAACGGUUUCUGUUCAAAUGGUGCAGAAUUUUACCGGUGUCUAAAGGGUGAUUCUACCCAAGUCUGGCACACACCCGACGCACACACCCAUGUCCCUGUGACUGUGUGAGGUGUGAUUAUGUGCAGUGGAGCUGUAGACUGUUAGAGUUUCUUAGCUUAGAGCUUUGGAGGCUAACCCCAGCGCUGUCUGAGCCGCCUGCGCUUGAACGAGCCAAUCACAUCGCACGCGUCCUUGUGCGGGUCGAGUUCAAGCAAACAAACAAUGACUCGCGCUACUCGAGCUCUUAAAUCCUCCUGUUGCCGUGCAACAAGCGUGGGAUUAGGGGUUUAAGCCCAGAAGGUUAGAGCUAGACUGCAGGUCUGUAAACCAAUGCUGCCAUGGUAUUUCGAUCUUAACUUUUAUUUAGCCAAUUAGCGAUAGCGUCUCAGUUUGUGUAUUUCCGUUAUUUAUUUUAACUGUUUUAGCUGUAAGGUCCCGGGGCAGGGGUGGGGGGCAGGGGGGGUGGGGUGGGGUGGGGGGAGUCCUGUGUCUUAUGGGCACUGUGCCACAAGCGAAUGUGGACGAUAAAAGCCAAUGUUGACCUUACCUCAGCUGUGCCAAUUUCACUCUAGAGAGCCCUGGUUUAGAAGGACCAGUGUGACCGUGCGUACCACAGGUAGACUGCCGUCAGUCUUUCCAUGCAUUCCAGGCAUCUGGUCAAGUCUUACGAGCAUCCGACUGGGAAACAUCCCAUGGAACAGCCUUCCAGCUCGGGAUUCCUGGUUCGGUCAGGUCUGACAUCAUGUCAGAAUUCUGGCCUUCAGGGUAAAACAACUUUUUAAACACUUUCACAACUGAUUUUCAAAUGGCUUGUAUCAAUUAACAUACACAAAUUGAAAGUCGACCUCUGGUCACAGCACAACUAGCUUCACGCAAGCCAGCAUUAUCUUAAAAAUAGCUUGAAUAACAUUGACGUAGGCAAUAGUCUUUCAUGCUGUAUGGAGCUAUGAUUAGGCGUACAAUAGCAGUGAUCUUAUUUUCGUAUGAAUCCCUGUAGUCAUUAAAGACGCCAAACAGAAACUAGAAAUGCAUCUGGCAGUUUUCCAGGCUCACGCUGGAUGUAUCUAGUAUUAGUAGCCAGUGUCUAAUCGUGACAGGUAUCAUAGUUAGUUUCUCCCGUCCCGUGCUUUAGCUUCAGUCAGAUAACAGCUUUGCGAUCGGAACCUCGAGUUCGCGGCCGGGACCUCGGAGAGGCCGAGCCGGUGUGGACGGCACCCGUUUAUCCCCGGACAGACCGUGCCAAGCGCUGCGGGCGCUCAGGCGUGUGUCCGGCUCCUGUGGGCCCAGCAGUGCGCUGGAAUGUACCAACGCGCACGAAACAAAGAAAAAAAAGAGAAUGAAAAACAAAAAAAAAUUCUGUUUGAUCAUGGAGGUGGAGGACAAAGGGCAUUAUGGGUAUCUUGGCCCCAGUGGCCUGGGAAGAUUCUUAUUUUGCUGUUGCUUCAGAAUAUGACUUAAUAUCAGGGUGGGGGUUGAGCUUCAUUUCAGCUCAGUCAUCUGAGGGAAUGUAUUGAAAUUGGGCGUUCACAAUUUGGAAAAAUGUCCAUAUUUGUCUGGUGGGGAUUUUUCCUGUUCAUUAAUUAAAUUUCAGGUAAUUGACUGAAUUGAAAUGGAAUUGAAUCCGAACCCUGUUAAAUAUUUUUUUUUUUUUUAACUGUUUUUUUUUAAAUGAACUUCAUAAUUGUACUUGAAUGCUGGUUAUUUCACUGUCUUAACAGAAAAGUGAAAAGCUCAACAGACCAACGCCAAGGUUUUUUUUUUUUCUUUCUCUGUGUCUGAACAAACAUACCUCUACUCAUCUUCCACUAAACAAUUCUGUCAGUAACAAUGCAAAGCUUGGGACCUUGGGGUUGUUAAUUUGUCACAAUGAGAUAUCAUGUACUGUCUUGUAUUUUAUUUUAUCUAAACCUGCCUGUAGCGUUACUUCACAUAGAGCACUGCAAAGCGAGUGAGACUUGAUUCUGUUGCAGAAGUUGUGUCUGGUUGGCUACACUGUCUGUAUAAACAUGCUCCCGCCCCGGGCUGCGUACUUAAACUGUGCAUGCGUGACUAACUCCUGCCCCCUGAGAUCGGGGGGACACUUAAGAGUGGCAGAAAUUAAACUAAUUAUUGCUGAUGCA